AUGGACAGUAGAUACUACAGCAAUGAUAAAGGAGGGUUCCCUGCAGACUGCAGCCACCUUAACAGCAGCAGUCCCAGUGGGGUCUAUGUCAUCCAGCCAGCAGGGUCUCCCCCACGGGUGGUUUGGUGUGACAUGGACACCGAAGGCAAGGGCUGGACUGUCAUCCAGAGAAACUCUCAUGACACUGAGGUCACAUGGAAGGAGUCCUGGACCACCUACAAGCACGGCUUUGGGAACGUAAGGGCAGAUUACUGGCUGGGCACCAAGUACCUGCACCUGCUCACACAGCAGAACACCUACAAAGUCCGCUUUGUCAUGCAGAAUAAAUCCAAUGUCACCCAUUAUGCUGAAUAUGACAUCUUCAGCGUAGAGAGCGAGGCCAGUGGGUACCCUCUGAGGCUAGGCAGGUUCUUUGGUGAGGGGGAGGACUAUCUGAUGACCUACCAUACCAAGCAUGGGGGCAUACAUGACAACAUGAAGUUCAGCACUCGUGACAGGGACCAGGACCAGGCCAGUGGGAACUGCACCAAUAGCUAG